GGCACAGCCCAAGGCCUCGCCAAUCUGUCAGCACAAUAAAUACAUACACCGAAUUAAGCUCGGAGAUGGUACUGUUUCAGUUGAUAGAAUUCAUUCAUAGAAUUCAUUCAUUUUUUCCUGUUAACAAUUAUAAAAUGUCAAGAAGAAAUUGAACCUUCGCAACUUAGCAUGUGAACAACUGAUGCACCCUUGCAUGGGUUUAACCAAUCCAUCACAAUGGCGAAAAGUGUUUAAAAAUUUACAAUUGAUAAAUACGCAACUUCUUCAUUGCAACUUCUUACUUCAUUGACGAGUCUCGACAUUGGCAGGUUUAUAAUUCAUUUUCAAAUGAUAACGUGUCCCAUAUAGCUUACAUUUAGAGAACCAGAGAAAAGGGUUAUUGCUGUAUUGUAGUAUGUAAUAUACUCUAUUAUGUUAUUUAGGAGUUUUCAAAGACUUGUUCCUAUAACAAACAUUUGUUCAGCUGAUCUGAAAUCUAUCAAAACUGUAUCAGAACAUUUUCUCCCUGGUGAAGAUACAAAUGACUGUGUUAGCGUGAGUAAGCUAGACCUUUUAGUACCGUACUGUAAUGUACAUAUGUGAAUUUAAAAGGCCGGUCGCCAUUAACAUAGUUUAACUUUCACUGCAUGUCCGUACUUCAAUUAAGCCCCAUAUAGGAGUUUAUACUGAUUCGUGCACAUUUGUGCAGGGGGGGGGGGGACUUAUUCGAAAGCAAGGUUAAUAGAGGGGGGCUUAUACAGGGUGUCCAAAAAAAACGCUAUGGAAAUUCAACAGGCUGUCGUGCAUCAUAAACGUGGCUAAACAAUUACAUUUUUACAUAAGACGAAAGAACAGUUAUUUAGCUUUUCAAUGAUACUCUUUUUAAAUCGUAACAACGAGAAAUGGCCACAUAGGCCCGUUUCAUACGCCGUACUUCACAUGUGCCGAAUACAUUAAAGACAAUAGCUAAUGAGCUGACAUGCCUCAUUACCUAUUGUUUUUAAUGUAUUCGGCACAUGUGAAGUACGGCGUAUGAAACGGGCCAUACUCGUCAAAUAAAAAUUGCCAGUCGAAAUCGCAUUCUUCCACCGUCUUAGUGAGACGAUAACUCAAUAAGAACGUCCAUAAAACAUGGUUCAAUUAACCCCUGAACAGAGAACAUUCGUAAUCAGUCAAAACGUUUACACGAAAACGUAAACAGGCGUAGAACAAUAUGUUAACUUUAUUCAUAUAUGGUAAACUCAAAUUUAAACAACAUGCAUGCUACAUGCAGCUAUUAAUUUAUUUCAAUAAGUAGGGAGGGUAGGGGGUUAAAGGAGAAAAUGCUCAAUAAAUUUCCGACCUUAACGAAAACAGGAGUCAGAGAGAGAGUAUUUGGAAGGGGGGUUAGUAGAGGAUCAACGUGUAUAAUUAAUUUUCAAGGCUUUGUGCUCAAUUUUUCACUAGAUUUGUGUGCAUUACAAGUCAAGAUUCAACAGCAGUUUGAAGCGUGAUGACGUUCUCUCAGAAGUAUCGUCAAUGUUUUUAAAUUCUGGUCAUAAAGUUGACUUGAAAAAUCCAGACAUGGUCAUAGUUGUUGAAAUUAUGAGGGUACGUAUGGGACACAACCCAAUUAAUAUUGAAGGAUUUUGUAGAUGGAAAUUUCGAGUACAAAUUUUAACGAGGUUGUGCAAUAACAAAGGUUAACAGCUAGGAAACCAAGCCUCGUUACGUCAGCACAUCACGUGACCAAAAAGUGGGCCGGGCGCGUAUGUAAUAAGAGCUUGGCCGUGCAUUGGUGGUAUUAGUAAUCAGUGUGCGCUAUAAGCAUAGAAAACGUAUCAGGAACAAAGAUUUUUUCUCCUGCUUCAUAUUUCCACCAAUUGUUAAUUGGUGUGAAGGUGUUGGCCCUGCGGGGGUGGUCUGCUCAAGAUACCACUGGCAUGGAUCUUAACCCGAGUCCAAGUAACAGUAGUGCCAGUAGUCGUCCCAGGCCACCCCUCGGUCACCCGGGCUAACACCUCACCAUCCAAACGGGUAAGUAUGGUGAACGAAGGUGAGAUCUAACUGGGAGCAGCUGCGAAAAAUGCAACUAUAGGCGGUUAAAGCUCGACAACUGGACCGGAAUGAAUUGCAUGUUCGAUUCCUGCCAGAUGGUGUAGUUGCAUUUUUCGCAGCUGCUCCUGAUUAUAGGUCUCGAUAAAUGUAUAAAAUUUACACUCGAAAUUCCAUCUACAAAACCCUUCAACACUUCUGAGUCUAACGAAGUCUAACGUAUUUUACAUGAUGGGUACGAUCUUUCACUUUACUCUGAUUUACAGAAUGCAUUUUUAUGCAGGAUUCUCCAAUUGGACGUUCAUCUGAUUUUGUGUUAUUUCUUUUCCAGGGUCUUUGUUUCAUGAACAUUCUCAAUGAUUUCUUCCGUUUCAAGAGGUAUAAUCUCCAUCAAAUUGCAAAUACCAAAGACAAAGUUGAAGACACUACGAUAGACAAUACGAAAGACAAUGUCGAAGGGGAUUCAGCUGAAGGAGGAUUAAGUUAGUUUGGUGUUAGAUAUUUCUUCCAGAAUGGGUGGGUCUCACUAAACACUAUCGCGUUCAGCAGAUGUGCCUGGUGACCAGAAAAUAUUAAGUAAUGAAUAAGAAUAUAAUUAUGCAGUACUAGUAAAUAUUAAGUAAUGAAUAAGAAUAUAUGCAGUACUAGUAGUCUUGUAUUUGGUUGCUUGUAAAUCAGACAUGUGGCAACACUUGAUGAAACCCACCACCAAUACAGGCUACUUCCUAGAGGAGGAUGUAGGUGGGGUGCAUGUCAGUAGCGUGUAAAUAAAGCCCUCCGCAUUUAAACUACGUAGAUUUUAGAGAAAUGUUUGUUCUUAAAGGGAUAUGGUCAUAAAAUGUGUUUUGUCUUUGAUAGAACUUUUAAAAUUACAAUUAAAACUCUUUUACCGAUUUUUCAUAUAUCUUGCUUAAAUCUUGAAAUAUUUUGACUGAAACAUUGUCAAUGGGCUGUCCACUAUCUUGGAUCAAAUUUUGAUCGUAUUGACGGUGGUUUUCGCGACGCCAAAAACAAGGUUACAGUAGCUAUAUAAAACUACUCAUGUGUUACCAAAUUAAUAUUUCGAUGACCAAAAAUUUUGAUCGAUGUCAAAUUGUUAUUUGAAAUAUUUAAGUGUAAUUUUGGGCUCACAAUAAACAAUUAUUGAAUGAGGUUGAGUAUGAUAUUGAG